AGUAGAUGGAAUCGCAAACAAAUGAUCACAACACACGUGGUUGAUGUUUUUGUUGUUUUUUGACUUUUAACUUUCAUCAGAUAAUAAUGACAGAUUCAAAUCCCGAAGAUUUAUAUCAAGAUUUUUUCAAUGGUUUCAAUGAAUUUGAUGCCGAUUUCACUGAUGAUGCGGAUAAUGAUGAAAAAUCGACAAAUUGGAUUGAUAAAUUUUUUGGUCGUCGUCCACCUGAAAUAAUGCGUAAAGAUAUUACCGUACAUUUGGAAAAAAGUUUUUUAGAACAAUGUAAAAAUGAUGAUGAUCCAUUCGGUAAAUUUCAAAUUGAUGAUUGUAAUAUUUUAAAUCAGAUUAAUGAUCGAUUUAUAUGUGAAAAAUGUCAUCGAUCACGAUUAUAUUAUUGUUAUACUUGUUUUGAAUUAUCACCCGAAUUGAUUGGAAAAAUACCCGAAAUACGUUUACCAAUAAAAAUCGAUAUUAUUAAACAUCCACAAGAAUUGAAUGGUAAAAGUACUUCGAUUCAUUCAAUCAUUUUAUCACCAAAAGAUGUCAGAAUAUUCACUUAUCCACAAAUGCCCGAUGAUUGGUAUGAUUUAAAUAAAAUAUUUUUAUUAUUUCCAAAGCCUGGUUCGAAAACGGUUAGCGAUUUUCUACAUCAUUAUUAUUAUAAUGAGGAUGAUGAUAAUAAUGAUGAACAACCAACCAAACAACAACAACAGCAGCAAUGUUUUCGGUAUGAUAAAAAAGAAUUUCCAAUCGAAAGGAUCGUUGUCAUUGACAGCACUUGGCAACAGACGAAAAAAAUUCUUAGAGAUGUUCGUAUAAAACAAUUAAAAACAUUGAUUAUCGAUUCUGAACAGACAUUAUUUUGGCGUUAUCAACAUGGACGACCAUUAAAUCAUUUAUCAACAAUCGAAGCAAUAUAUUAUCUAUUCAAACAAAUUCAUAUGACUUUAUUUGAUAUGUUUAAUAACAACAACAACAGCAACAACAAAAACGAUAACAACAACAGCGAUCAUCAUUCAGAUAAUAAUCAUUCAAAUAAUAUUAUCGAUUAUUUUCGUUCGGAAUAUAAUGGCCAAUAUGAUAAU